UUUUACUCAAAUCGAUUAAUCAAUUAUCAAAAUAGUUGGCGAUUAAUUUGAUGGUUGACAACUAAUCAUUUAAUCGACCAGCAGCUCCACUGCUAUGAACUACCUGGCCCACACCGCCCACGCCCAGCUCUAUGCCCUCUCGCUGGGCUGCGUUGGCUGGACUCUCACCGCCAUGUCCCUCGGACUCAUCCAGUGGAGGGUUUGGCUAGUGUCUGACAGGGAGGUCAUCAGCUCCGGAGUGGCCUGGGUGGGCAUCUGGCGGGCCUGCUUCAACAGCCACACCCUGGUGACCCCUGGCUUCAGGGUCAUGCACUGUAGGUACAUCAGCCUGGCCGAGGCCUUCACGCCUCCAGAGAUCGUGGCGGCUCAGGUUCUCAUGCUCCUGUCUCUGCUCGUGGGGCUGUGUGGCAACGCUGCCGGCGUUUAUGCCUUGAGGAACAUCUACUUUGGGACGGAGAGGAACUGCCCAAUCCGCUUGGCGUUCUUCACCACCGGCGUGCUGUGCCUGUUGGCCGCCGUGAUGUCACUCACACCUCUCCUGUGGAACCUGAUCUCCGUGGUGACAAAUCAGACGAUCGAGUUCCCCCCUGAGUUUAACAUGCCCCAGGCUCCUGAUUCUCAACACGUGGGGUGCGGCAUCGGGGUCGGGAUGGUGGGGACGGUCCUCAUGAUUGUCUCCGGGAUUAUUUUCUGUAUGUACAGGUUACCCGUGAGGUCACAGCACCUGGGCGGGUCAUUAAAUGCUCAAUCAAAGACUGACAGCAGGGGGGCUGCGGUGAAAGAUAACCCAGCGUUUGAGUCUCACGAACACGAUGUUUAACACUGACUCGUGGACUCACAGAGGAAAAUAAUACAAAUGACAACUUUCAAAUUUAAUUUGCAAAUUGAAAUAAAAGG